AUGGAGACACAGAUGGUGAACGCGGGCCCUAAGGCGGACAAGCCCGAUGACUCCAAGGCCAAGCCUGAGCCCAAGCCACAGGUGUCUAUCGCAAAGCUUUUUUCCUACGCUGAUGGGAGGGACAAGUUGUACAUGUUCGUCGGGGUCAUCGCUGCGGCAAUACAUUCCUGCAUGAUGCCCCUCUUCAUCGCCAACUUCGGCAGCACCCUUGACGAACUCGGCGAGCCUGUGAGGGAUAGCGACGAGAAAACGGUCCUGGAGAGCGUGGCGAGCUUCUGCAUCCUCUUCGGCAUCAUCGGCCUCGUCGCCGGGGUGGUCGGGUUCGUCCUGGUAGCCCUUUGGAGUAUCUCCGGAGAACGCCAGGCGCUACGCAUGCGGAGGGAAUACGUGAAGUGCAUCCUGAAGCAGGACAUCGGAUGGUUCGACGAGCACCCCGCGGGGCAGCUUCCCACGGCCGUCACCGCUAACAUGGCAAAGGUGCAGGACGGCUUGGGCAGGAAGAUCGGGGACAUCGUCCUCAACGGCCUCAGCGGCAUUGCCCUGCUUGUCACCGGGCUCAUCAUCAACUGGGAGCUCGGGCUGGUGAUGCUGGCGUGCGUUCCCUUCAUCGGUGGAAGCGUUGCUGUCCUGUCCGCGCUCAUGUCCAGCAGCACUCAGGAGGGGAACGAUCACUACUCCAAGGCGGGCGGUGUUGCCACGGAGGUCCUCAGCGGCAUCCGCACGGUGGCCUCGCUCAACUCCGAGGAGAUCGAGCUGAAGCGCUACGGCAAGCACCUGGACGGAGCCUACCACGCCGGGGUGAAGGAGGGCAUGGCCAAGGGUCUCGGCAACGGCAUGCUCUUCACCUCCUUCUACAUGAGCUAUGCUCUCGCCUUCUGGUUUGGCACGAAGCAGGUGGCUGACGGGGACGGACGCUCAGGAGGGGACGUUUUGGCUGCUAUCUUCGCCGUCCUCAUGGGCUCGAUGAUGUUCGGCCAGACCGCCCCCGGCAUCGCCGCCCUGGGCGUCGCCCGCGGGGCCGCCGUGGAGGUGUUCGAGGUUCUUGACCGCGUGCCCCCGAUCGACUCGUCCUCGGAGAAGGGGCUCAAGCCCGCGAGCGUGGAGGGGCAGGUGUUGUUCGACAGCGUCGGCUUCAGCUACCCGGCCCGGCCGAACGACGUGGUGUACGGCUCCCUCAGCCUGGAGGUAGCAGUCGGCAAGACCCUAGCCCUUGUCGGACCUUCCGGCGGAGGAAAGUCCACCAUAACCAAGCUGCUGUUGCGAUUCUACGACCCCACUUCGGGUACCGUGACUCUCGACGGCACAGACAUCAAGUCUCUCAACGUCGCCUGGUAUAGGCAGCGGAUCGGCUACGUCGGGCAAGAGCCGGUGCUAUUCGCCGGAACGAUCGCGCUCAACAUCGCCAACGGCAAGCUGGGGUCCACGCAGGAUGAAAUCAUCACCGCCGCUAAGGCCGCCAACGCGCACGAGUUCAUCAAGAGCUUUCCGGAGGGCUACAACACAGGAGUCGGAGAGGGAGGGUUCCAGCUGUCCGGAGGCCAGAAGCAGCGCAUCGCCAUCGCCCGUGCGAUCAUCAAGGACCCGGCCAUCCUGCUCCUUGACGAGGCCACGUCUGCCCUCGACUCCGAGAGCGAGAAGGUGGUGCAAGCCGCCCUGGACGAGCUCCACAAGGACAAGCCCCGCACGACGGUGACCAUCGCCCACCGUCUAUCCACCAUCCGAGGCGCUGACAAGAUCGCCGUUAUCGACAAGGGCGUCGUAGAGCUGGGAACUCAUUCUGAGCUCCUCGCCCUCAACGGAGUCUACCACAUGCUGUGUACUAGCCAGGGCGGCAAGACUGAGGAGGAGAUCGAAGCAGACAAGCAAGCUCGCUUGGCCCGGCAGAAGAGCUUCUCAGGCGCGAAGGUGACGAGGGAGGCGAGCGGCAGCGACGCCUUGCUGCGUCGCCAGAGCUCCAACUUCAACCCCGGCCAGGAGAUCGACCUCUCGGCUUCGGCUGGCAAGAAGGACGCCAAGGUGGAGGAGGAGAAGCUCCCCAAGCCUCCCAGCGCACGCCGAGAGCAGUGA